AUGAGGGCUUUCCAGCCCGUCUUCCGCCCGGCCUCGACCCGCGUCGCCGCUCAGAUUCCCGCCCUCUGCAACGCCUUCCCCAAGGCAUCGCCGUUCUCGACAUCCGCCGCGCUCCAAGCUCGCAAGAAGGGCGGCUCCAAGGAUUCCAGGAUAACGAACAUCCGUUACCACCUGGACCACCCCAAGACCCCGCGUCCCCUCCGCUUUUCGCGUCUUCGCGCUCUCCGCCAUUGGACGAUUCACCGCGCUUGGAUGCUCUUCAAGAAGAAGCGCAACCUUGAGAAGCAGAUGGAACUGGAGCGCCAGUACAACACCAUGUACCACGCGUGCGAGGCGCUAAGGGACAUCGACGAGAGCGGCCUGACCACCGCCGAGGGCGGCAAGAGUGUGGGCAGGCUGUACCGUACCGCCAUGUUGAAGACGGGUGUCUGGAACGGUAUCCCCAUUGAGUACGCCAGGCCGCAGACCGACACCCCAGGCAGGGAAGGAUGGAAUCACGACUGGAAGCGGUAA